UCAUCUCAUCCCUCCCAAUCGAUCGGCAUCACCAUCAUCCCCGCGGGCCGGCCUUAUCGACACAGAGCUCUUGAAUCCGUCCCCCGUCUCCUCCCGAACCACCGGAGCGGCGCCGCCUCCGCCGACCCGACGGGAUCCCGGACUGCAGCUGAUGGGCGGCUAGAUUCCUGAAACAAGAGGGAAAUCCACAGUUAGAUAAUUUGGCAUUGAAUUUGGUGAAGGGGAAGAAGUUGAUCUGAAAAUGGGGCUGUUCCGGGCGGCGUCCGGUCUGGCCCGGAUGGCGCUGCGGCGGAACCUCUCGCGCGCGCCGGCGAACCCGUUCACAGCUGCGGGCGUGGGCUCCGCGCCGGCGCGGUACUUCCACUCCACGCGCCCGCGGGGGUACGCGGCGCCGGUGCCGCGCGCCGUGCCGCUCUCGCGCCUCACCGACAGCUUCCUCGACGGGACCAGCAGCGUGUACCUCGAGGAGCUGCAGCGCGCGUGGGAGGCCGACCCCAACUCCGUCGACGAGUCCUGGGACAACUUCUUCCGCAACUUCGUCGGGCAGGCCGCCACCUCGCCGGGCAUCUCUGGGCAGACCAUCCAGGAGAGCAUGAGACUGCUGCUGCUUGUGCGGUCGUACCAGGUUAGCGGGCACUUGAAGGCAAAGCUCGACCCGCUUGGUCUGGAGGAGCGGCCUGUCCCGGACGUGCUGGACCCGGCGUUCUAUGGGUUCUCCGAGGCGGAUUUGGACCGGGAGUUCUUCCUUGGGGUGUGGAGGAUGGCUGGGUUCUUGUCUGAGAAUCGGCCUGUGCAGACUCUGCGUUCUGUGUUGGAGCGGCUCGAGCAAGCCUACUGUGGCACCAUUGGAUAUGAAUACAUGCACAUACCUGAUCGGGAGAAGUGCAACUGGCUCAGGGAUAGAAUUGAGACGGUUAACCUGAGGGAGUACUCCUAUGAUCGUCGCCAGGUCAUGCUUGAUAGGCUCAUCUGGAGCACGCAGUUUGAGAAUUUCUUGGCGACGAAGUGGACGACCGCAAAACGAUUCGGUCUUGAAGGUGCAGAAACCCUGAUCCCUGGCAUGAAGGAGAUGUUUGAUAGGGCAGCUGAUCUUGGUGUAGAGAGUAUUGUCAUUGGGAUGCCACACAGAGGCAGGCUGAAUGUCUUGGGAAAUGUCGUGCGAAAGCCCUUGCGACAGAUCUUCAGCGAGUUUAGUGGUGGUACCAAGCCUGUUAAUGAAGGGGAGGGGUUGUAUACAGGGACUGGUGAUGUCAAGUACCAUCUCGGAACUUCAUAUGACAGACCUACCAGGGGUGGGAAACAUAUCCAUCUGUCAUUGGUUGCCAAUCCGAGUCAUUUGGAAGCUGUAGAUCCACUUGUUGCUGGGAAGACAAGAGCGAAACAAUACUAUUCUAAUGAUCAUGACAGGACCAAGAAUUUGGGGGUAUUGCUGCAUGGUGAUGGAAGUUUCUCAGGCCAGGGAGUUGUGUACGAGACCCUGCAUCUCAGUGCCCUUCCAAACUACACUACUGGUGGGACAAUUCAUAUUGUGGUCAAUAAUCAGGUUGCAUUCACUACUGAUCCAAGGUCAGGGAGAUCUUCUCAGUAUUGCACAGAUGUAGCAAAAGCAUUGGAUGCUCCAAUUUUCCAUGUUAACGGGGACGAUUUGGAGGCAGUGGUUCAUGUUUGUGAGCUUGCUGCGGAGUGGCGACAGACAUUUCAUUCUGAUGUAGUUGUGGAUAUUGUAUGCUACAGGCGAUUUGGGCAUAAUGAGAUCGAUGAGCCCUCCUUCACCCAGCCUAAGAUGUACAAGGUGAUUAGAAACCAUCCAAGUGCCCUUGAGAUUUAUCAAAGCAAGCUGUUAGAAUCUGGGAAGAUCUCCAGGGAAGAUAUUGAUAAGUUGAACAAGAAGGUCAGUACUAUACUGAACGAGGAAUUCAAAAACAGCAAAGACCAUAUCCCCAACAAGAGGGACUGGCUUUCCGCUUACUGGACUGGGUUCAAGUCACCAGAACAGAUUUCACGUAUCCGAAACACCGGUGUCAAGCCAGAGAUUCUAAAACGUGUUGGAGAAGCCAUGACUACUCUGCCAGAAAAUUUCAAGCCUCACAGGGCUGUGAAGAAGAUUUUUGAUCAGCGGCGUCAGAUGAUCGAGACUGGGGAAGGCAUUGAUUGGGCAGUGGGUGAAGCACUUGCUUUUGCCACUCUUAUAGUUGAGGGGAACCAUGUCAGGUUAAGUGGUCAGGAUGUUGAGAGGGGUACAUUCAGCCACCGUCAUGCUGUCAUCCAUAACCAGGAAACUGGAGAGCAGUACUGUCCACUUGACAAUCUUGUUAUGAACCAAGAUGAGGAGUUGUUUACCGUAAGCAACAGUUCGCUGUCAGAAUUUGCUGUUUUGGGCUUUGAGUUGGGUUAUUCCAUGGAGAAUCCAAACUCACUGGUCCUAUGGGAAGCCCAGUUUGGUGAUUUUUCAAACGGGGCUCAAGUGAUAUUUGAUCAGUUCCUGAGUAGCGGGGAGUCAAAAUGGCUCCGGCAGACUGGCCUUGUGGUUUGCCUGCCUCAUGGAUACGAUGGUCAGGGGCCUGAACACUCCAGUGCAAGAAUGGAGCGCUUCCUUCAGAUGAGUGACGACAACCCUUAUGUUAUACCUGAGAUGGAUCCAACCCUGAGAAAGCAAAUCCAGCAGUGCAAUUGGCAAGUUGUGAAUGUAACGACUCCUGCAAAUUAUUUCCAUGUUCUACGUCGCCAGAUACAUCGGGACUUCAGAAAGCCUUUGAUUGUGAUGUCCCCAAAGAACCUCCUUCGCCACAAGGACUGCAAAUCGAACCUAUCUGAAUUUGAUGAUCUUGCGGGCCACCCUGGAUUUGACAAGCAAGGGACACGCUUCAAGCGUCUAAUAAAAGACCAAAACGAUCACAAGGACCUUGAGGAGGGAAUCAACCGUCUAGUUCUUUGUUCUGGAAAGGUGUACUAUGAACUGGAUGAAGAAAGAAAGAAAACGGAGCGAACUGAUGUUGCUAUAUGUAGAGUGGAGCAGCUCUGCCCGUUCCCCUACAACCUCAUCCAGCGCGAGUUGAAGAGAUAUCCAAAUGCAGAGAUCGUUUGGUGCCAAGAAGAGCCAAUGAACAUGGGGGCGUACAGCUACAUCAGCCCUCGCCUGCUGACCGCGAUGAAGGCGCUCGGUCGGGGUACCUUAGAGGACAUCAAGUACGUCGGAAGGGCCCCAUCCGCGGCCACCGCGACAGGUUUCUACUCCGUUCACGUGAAGGAGCAAACCGAGCUCGUGCAGAAGGCGCUGCAGCGAGAGCCCAUCAACUAUCCAUUCUGAAACCUGUAGAUUCUUACUACUAGCUCUGGAACUGGAAACCUUUUGAUCCUAGUACCGUAGAGACAACAGGUCUGAAUUAUACCUGUGCAGCCAUUGCCAUUUGGUGAAAUAAUUGUUUCGGAUGUACGGUACCGCAUCAAAGAAACCGUUUGGACUCCCAUCUUGUAACGCAUGGUUUUCCUGUGUUCGCUUUAUCUACAUCAUUUUUGUGUUUCUGUAAGCUGCAUGCCAGCAGGCAAAAGACUGACUGCCAUGUUUCUGUGAUACAUUGCAACUGCUGUAUAUCGCCUCCAUUGAUACUUUGAAGCGAUCUUAAAUAAGUCUUAUUUCAUUUGUCAUGCAUUUAGCAGGCAAUACCUUGU